CAGCGUGCCGGGCAAGCCGGUGUACUCGACCCCUUCGCCGGUGGAGAACACGCCUCAGAACAACGAGUGCAAGAUGGUGGACCUGCGGGGCGCCAAGGUGGCCUCCUUCACGGUGGAGGGCUGCGAGCUGAUCUGCCUGCCGCAGGCGUUCGACCUCUUCCUCAAGCACUUGGUGGGCGGCUUGCACACGGUCUACACCAAGCUCAAGCGCUUGGAGAUCACGCCCGUCGUCUGCAACGUGGAGCAGGUCCGGAUCCUCCGGGGCUUGGGCGCCAUCCAGCCGGGCGUCAACCGCUGCAAGCUGAUCUCCAGGAAAGAUUUCGAGACCCUCUACAACGACUGUACCAACGCAAGUUCCAGACCUGGACGGCCUCCUAAGCGGACUCAAAGUGUCACCACCCCAGAGAAUUCACAUAUCAUGCCGCAUUCUGUCCCUGGUCUCAUGUCUCCUGGAAUCAUCCCACCAACAGGUUUGACAGCUGCAGCAGCGGCGGCAGCGGCUGCCACCAAUGCAGCUAUUGCAGAAGCCAUGAAGGUGAAGAAAAUCAAAUUAGAAGCUAUGUCGAACUAUCAUGCCAGUAAUAACCAGCAUGGAGCCGAAUCUGAAAAUGGGGAUCUGAAUUCUAGUGUGGGUCUGGAGCUCCCUUUUAUGAUGAUGCCCCACCCACUCAUUCCUGUCAGCCUGCCUCCAGCAUCUGUCACAAUGGCAAUGAGCCAGAUGAACCACCUUAGCACGAUUGCAAACAUGGCAGCUGCAGCACAAGUACAGAGUCCUCCCUCAAGAGUUGAGACGUCUGUUAUUAAGGAACGAGUACCAGACAGCCCUUCCCCUGCUCCAUCCCUUGAAGAAGGCCGAAGGCCUGGUAGUCAUCCAUCAUCUCAUCGUAGCAGUAGCGUAUCCAGCUCACCUGCCCGAACUGAAAGUUCUUCAGACAGAAUCCCUGUCCAUCAGAAUGGCCUAUCCAUGAACCAGAUGUUGAUGGGUUUAUCACCAAACGUCUUACCUGGUCCAAAAGAAGGUGAUCUUGCUGGCCAUGACAGUGGGCAUGAUUCAAAAAGAAUCCACAUGGAGAAAGAUGAGACCCCGCUCUCCACACCAACCGCAAGAGACAGCCUUGACAAACUUUCGCUAACUGGUCAUGGGCAGCCACUACCUCCGGGUUUUCCGUCUCCUUUCCUAUUUCCUGAUGGAUUAUCCUCCAUAGAAACCCUCCUGACCAACAUCCAGGGCCUGUUGAAGGUUGCCAUUGACAAUGCUCGAGCUCAAGAAAAGCAGGUACAACUGGAAAAGACAGAGCUCAAAAUGGAGCUGUUCAGGGAACGAGAACUGAGGGAAACACUUGAAAAACAAUUGGCAGUGGAACAGAAGAACAGAGCAAUAAUUCAGAAAAGGUUAAAGAAGGAAAAGAAAGCCAAGAGGAAACUGCAGGAAGCACUUGAAUUUGAGACAAAGCGGCGAGAACAAGCAGAACAGACACUGAAACAGGCUGCUGCCACAGAUAAUCUCAGGGUCCUAAAUGACUCUCUGACCCCAGAGAUAGAAGCUGACCGCAGUGGGGGCAGAACAGAUGCUGAAAGGACAAUACAAGAUGGAAGACUUUAUUUGAAAACUUCUGUCAUGUACUGAACCUGGUCAGCUGAAGAAAUAUGUGCUACAGUUCAAAGAACUCUGCAGGAAAGACAUUCACCAUAUUGGAAGUUCUGCAAAAACAAAGGUGCUUUCCAGUCAACUUGGGCCACUUCAUGUAUUUGUACAAAGGUUCUGAGCUUUCUGCAAGAGCGUCCUCCACCCUAGGGUUCCUCCCUGUGUUGCAGAGAAUGGUUCUACCACUUAUGUAGCACUCCUCUUAACAGCCAGCAAGUGAGAAUUGUGCUGUUGGACACUUCUUUGUACAGACCAGCCAGAGAAAGACCUUCCAUUCCCUUUUCAAAGGAAUGAAAACUGUGUCCUCCUCUGAUUUUGUGAGCACAUCAAGCAAACCUUCCACAGUGUCCACUUCUGUACUGAAUGACUAGAAUAUCAUAUAUAAACCAGCGAGACAGUAGAGAAGUUCAGAUUUCUAAAAGAGGCCUAAGAAGAUUCCUUAAAGAACACAUACAAAAAGAGAGAGAAUAGAAGUAGACAAUUCAAAAAGCCAGUGUUUUUCCCCAGAUACUAAAGAAUUCUUGUUUCCCUUAAAGACAUAUUUUUCCAGAUAUGAAGAAGCCAAUGGUACAUUAAGGAAGUCAAAACAAAUUUAUGUUGGGGAAAAAUAAGUACAGAAUUUAAACAAGAUGACAUUACUGUCUUCAGUAGUCUCUUUCUUGGAAUAAAUACAAUUAACCAUCUCAUAUAAUUUCUCAUUCUAAACUGACAGCAGUUUGGGAAGGGGAGUGAUGAGACAAUGUUGCUUCUUACUGAACCUGUUGGUCAGAUGUACAGUAUAUAACCACAAACCACACACAGAAGGUAUUAUGUAUGCAGUAGAAUACUAGCUUUUAGGAAAACAACAAUUUUAGAUAAUAUGUUUUGUCACCCUGUUGGUCCAAAUGACACCUUUCUAAUUUUAAAGCAUGCAGGCAUGUAAAUAUUUGUCCUGAAGUCACAGUAUUAAUGAACAGGAUCUUACGCAUUUGGGGAUGACAGCCACUUUUAUUUGUAUAUUGGUCAGUGCUGUGAAACAGCACUUUUAAGAGUGGAUUGUGGCUCACAAGCAAGUCAACCCGCCAGAAAUAUUUUUAUAUGUUAAUGUCAUAUUACUUCAACGUUGCUGAAGAGGGGGGAAAAACCCUGAAGGCUAAACAGACACUUGAUGUAUCAGUCCAAUACCAUGUAGAUCUGAGUGAUAAAGUUGAAGUCUUUUGUCCUUCCAACCUGCCUUGUCUUAUGCAAGGCUGGUUUUGUGUUAUUUUUGCUGUCUUUAUAAAUGCUAUGAUAUCUGUUCUCCACUUUUGUGCUCAUAACCGGAAGCAAGCUGCAACACAGUGCUUAUUACAUUUUCAAUUCUCUUCUUUGCCGUGCAUAUUUCUCCAGGUAACCCAUUUAAAGACUACUUUGAAGAUAAACAUUAUCAUAUAUGAUUAUGCUUCCUUCACAGGUAAUGUUUUAUACGUUUGUGAUAUGCAUUGUUGUAUGGAAAUAUAAUCAGACCUGUAAACCCUAAACAUCUUCCACCUUUAGUAAUUCUGAUGGUCAAAAUAAUAUCUGUGUCCAAAUUGAAAUAAUUCUAUUUUUAAAAGUCAAGAUCUCAGUGUUCACAUUCCGCGUCCCCAAUCACAGUAUUUCAGAGUUGAAUUUAUUCAUGGCCCACCAUGAUUUUAAAUCUAGAAAUGUGUUUAAAAGUUUCAUCUCACAGAAUUAAAAAAAGAAACUUUAGGAAGUUAUUAUUCCCUGAAACUUUGUAGCAGACUUCUUCUUCUUCUUCUUCUUCUUCUUCUUCUUCUUCUUCUUGAAAUGUGCUAAAUGCUCCAGAAAAUCCAUAUUCCUUUUCAGUGCAGUCUUUAAUGGGUUAACAGCUGUCAUUAGAUGAACUUUGUGGCAAACUGCUAAAUUAUUUAAAUGAGAGGAGAAUUUUUAAAAAUUAAAAUUGAACUAAAAUGAAAUCUACAGUAGUAUCUACCAUUGCUCUUGCUCCUUGCAGAGAAUCACCUGUAAGUAUGUUAAUCGUUUUUACAGUGUAUACUUUCCAUACUCUUUGGGUAUGCAUCUUUGUUUGGUUUGGUACAUACGUAAAUGGAAAUGCUGAGAAUAAUGAGGAAAAGUAUAUCUUAUUAAAACAAGUGUAAAUAUUACGUUCAUGAAAUGCUACCGUAUGAUGAAUUUGGGUUUCUUUGUUCUCCUUAGUUACACAAAAAGUUUUUUCCCUCUGCCUAGAUUAUGAAGAAAUGUGUUUAUGUUAUUGUUUAAAUGCUUUUUGUAAUCUUAAAGAUAUUAAUGUCUAGUUGUUCUAUAUUAUAACCACCUUUGCGCUCUAUGCAAACCCUCGGAACAGAACAUUCUCAUCUUCAUGUAGGACCUAUGAAAAUUGUCUAUUUUUAUCUAUAUAUUUAAAGUUUUCUAAAAAUGAGAAAAAAGGUUAUUAUGAAUUUUGUUGUACAAAAUCUGUACAAAAAAUCUGUUUUUACAUCAUAAUGCAAGAAUUGGAAAAUUUUUCUAUGGUAGCCUAGUUAUUUGAGCCUGGUUUCAAUGUGAGAACCACGUUUACUGGUAUUGUAUUUAAUUUUCUUUUUUUUUUCCUCCUCCUUUUCAACAAUCUGCUAAUAAAACUGUCUGAAAUCUG